AUGGCCUCCUCCAGCCUCGCCGCCUCCUCCGCCGCCGCCGCCGACGUGGCGCGCGCCUCGCACGCCUCGGGCAUCGCCGUGCUCUCGACGCUCGCAGAGCUGCGUGCAUGGCGCAAGGAGCGCUUUGCACGCAAUGAGACCGUCGGCUUUGUGCCCACCAUGGGCGCACUGCAUCAGGGCCACUUGGAUCUGGUGCGCACCUCUCUGCGCGAGACGCACUCCACCAUCGUCUCCAUCUACGUCAAUCCCGCCCAGUUUGCGCCCUCCGAAGAUCUCUCCAGCUAUCCGCGUACCUUGCCUUCCGAUCUUGCCGCUCUCUCCUCGCUCUCCUCCUCUUCAGAAGACGCGCCACGCAGCGUGAGCGCAGUCUUUGCGCCCUCGAGCGCCGAAAUGUACCCGAAUGGCAUCGAGCAAGAUAGGGCCAAGCAGAGGGGAGCCUUCGUUGAAGUCGCCGGCCUGCAGGAUCACAUGGAGGGCAGAAGCAGACCGACAUUCUUUCGCGGCGUGGCCACCGUCGUGGCGAAGCUCUUCAAUGCCGUGCAGGUGAGUGUUGUUGCAUUU